CAUUUUGGUGGAAAGUUUGGAAUUUCUCAGUCAGUCGCCGGGAGGAGGCGGAAGGUGGAGCGGGCGGGAAAAGAAACCCACAGAGGGAGAGAGAGAGAGAGAGAGAAAAAAAGUCAGCGGGGCUCGCCUGGCGCCGUGACAGGAAUCAUCGGGCCGUGCGGCUGGAGCUGAGGGCGGCGGUGGAUCACACCCCCCCCCUUCCUCCUCGGGACGGCCUCUGGAACUUGAACCCCCGACCCUGAGGAGCGGGUCACACACGGUCGGGGUCGCAGUGGGGAAGGGGGGGGGGGGAGAAAGCCGCAGUUCCCAAGGGGAAGGGGGGUUUAGGCGGAUAAGACUUGGAGGGGGUGGGCCGCUAACGCCGCCCCCUCCCUAUCCCCUGAGGGGAAAGUAUCAGGGAACCCUGCUGGAGUUUCCUCGCACUUUUGAAUGGGAGCAACUGGCUUCGGGCGCCGGUGAGUUCCGGACGGGCAGCCGAUCGGGACCGGGACCGGGACCAAGUGGCGAGGAAAGAGAGGAGUCAUUUCUCCUCCAGUCACCUUGAGAAACUGGGACACUGACCGGCGAAGAUAAAGAGUUCCUGACUCGCCGUAUCCCGACUGAGUGUAAAGAGAAGGUGGCUCUUGUGGAUGUUUAGUUUAAAAGUCAGGAAUGUGGUCUUGAGACACUAAACUGGUCAGAGGUGAAAGAUUACCUUUUUUUUUAAAAAAAAAGAAACAUUUUAACCAAGUCGGCUCAAGCUCGCUUUAAAGGUUAUCGAAUUACUAGUGAAACUAGUCGCCUCAUUUUAUUGGGGUGGGGAAUUUGGAACCUCACCAAGAAUUUUUAAAGCACUGGAGAAAGGAAACUAUCAUCAACUUCUACAGAAUAAUUUAGAAGUGACAAUUGAGGGAAUUGCCAGCUAGAGGGGGAAACACGGCAGCAAGAGGAUGCCAAUCCGUAAGCAAGAUGCUCAGCGAGCUCUGAAGCUCCUGGAGAAUUAUCGUGCCAAGCUGGGUAAGACUGAGGACCGUCAGCUCCGUGCGUCCAUCGAGAGAGUCAUCAAUAUAUUCCGGAGCAACCUCUUCCAAGCGUUAAUAGAUAUUCAGGAAUUUUAUGAGGUAUCAUUGCUGGAUAAUCAACCAGUUCUUCCUCAAAAAGCCACUGGCAUUGUUCCAGCUGUCCAUAACUGGGAUAUUUCUAGCCUUCCAAGCACAACUGUUACAUCGGAAUCGCUUCCCAUCAGCCUUAGCCCUAAUGCAGAGAAGUAUCGUUAUCAAGAUGACGAUGCAUCUCCACAAGAACACAGUUCUCCGCAGAUUAGCAAUGACAUGAAGGGCCCGGAACUUGUACAUGUGUCAGAGAAGAACCUCUCUCAGAUCGAGAACAUUCAUGGUUUUGUUUCUCAGUCACAUAUAUCUCCAAUGAAGCAGAUAGAGGCUACUCCUCCCUCUACUCCUGUAAUCCCUGUGAUCCCUGUUAUGCCAGUCCCCGCUGAAGCCAGUGUCUUCUCGUCUGACAGUCAACAGGCUAAUCCACCUCCUGUUGUGGUGAAUACAGAUAGUUUGGAGUCUCAGCCUUACGUCAAUGGUACUGAUACAGACUAUGAAUAUGAAGAAAUCACGCUGGAAAGGGGAAAUUCUGGCCUCGGAUUCAGCAUUGCAGGUGGUACUGAUAAUCCACACAUUGGUGAUGAUCCAAGUAUAUUCAUUACAAAAAUCAUUGCAGGAGGUGCAGCUGCACAGGAUGGAAGACUGCGGGUGAAUGACUGCAUCCUUCGAGUAAAUGAUGUAGAUGUAAGGGAAGUAACACACAGUAAAGCAGUAGAAGCUUUAAAAGAGGCCGGAUCGAUUGUGAGAUUAUACGUGCGGAGAAGGAAACCAGUCACAGAAAAAAUCUUAGAGAUAAAGCUAGUUAAAGGGCCAAAAGGUCUUGGUUUCAGUAUAGCUGGAGGUGUAGGAAACCAGCACAUUCCAGGAGAUAACAGCAUCUACGUAACCAAAAUCAUUGAAGGAGGGGCAGCACAUAAAGACGGCCGGCUGCAGAUAGGCGACAAAAUUCUGGCAGUCAACACAACCAGUCUAGAUGAAGUUACCCAUGAAGACGCAGUGACGGCUUUAAAAAACACAGCAGAAGUGGUAUAUUUGAAGGUUGCAAAGCCAACCAGCAUGUAUGUGCAUGAUGGGUAUGCACCUCCAGACAUCACCAAUUCCUACUCCCAACUGGAAAACCAUAUUACGCCAUCAAACUAUUUAGGGAGUACAGAAUACAAGCAGUCUCUUCCUCCGUCAUCGCCAGGCAGAUACUCCCCAAUUACUAAAGUCGUGGGUGAUGAUGAAAUGACCAGGGAGCCCAGAAAAGUGGUUUUACAUCGAGGAUCCACAGGACUAGGCUUUAACAUCGUUGGCGGUGAAGAUGGAGAAGGAAUUUUUAUCUCCUUCAUAUUGGCAGGAGGCCCAGCUGACCUGAGUGGUGAACUAAGAAAAGGAGACAGGAUCAUUUCGGUGAAUGGUAUUGACCUGCGGAGUGCUACCCAUGAGCAGGCAGCAGCAGCACUGAAAAAUGCCGGCCAAGCAGUCACUAUUGUGGCACAGUACAGGCCAGAAGAAUACAGCAGAUUUGAAGCCAAAAUCCAUGACCUACGGGAGCAGAUGAUGAACAGCAGUAUCAGCUCGGGAUCAGGGUCACUGCGCACCAGCCAGAAGCGGUCCCUCUAUGUCAGAGCUUUGUUUGAUUACGACAAGACCAAAGACAGUGGUCUCCCAAGCCAAGGCCUUAAUUUCAGUUUUGGCGAUAUCCUUCAUGUGAUCAAUGCAUCAGAUGAUGAGUGGUGGCAGGCUCGACAGGUAACACUGGAUGGUGAGAGUGAGGAAAUCGGAGUGAUCCCAAGCAAACGAAGAGUUGAGAAGAAAGAACGGGCCAGGUUAAAGACAGUGAAAUUCAAUUCAAAAUCAAGAGAUAAAGGGCAGUCAUUCAAUGACAAGCGUAAAAAGAACAUCUUUUCCCGAAAAUUCCCCUUCUACAAGAGCAAGGAGCAGAGUGAGCAGGAAACCAGUGAUCUUGAACAGCAUGUAACCUCUAAUGCCAGUGAUAGUGAAAGUAGUUACCGUGGUCAGGAAGAUUACGUCCUUUCGUAUGAACCCGUUGGCCAACAGGAGGUCCGUUACUCUCGACCAGUUAUAAUUCUGGGACCCAUGAAAGAUCGAAUUAAUGAUGAUCUAAUCUCGGAGUUUCCAGACAAGUUUGGAUCAUGUGUUCCACACACGACCAGACCAAAGCGUGAUUAUGAAGUUGAUGGUCGAGACUAUCAUUUUGUCACAUCUAGAGAACAAAUGGAAAAAGAUAUUCAAGAUCACAAAUUUAUUGAAGCUGGACAGUACAACAAUCACCUUUAUGGAACCAGUGUGCAGUCUGUGAGAGAAGUAGCAGAAAAGGGUAAACAUUGUAUACUGGAUGUAUCAGGAAAUGCUAUUAAGAGACUUCAAAUAGCCCAGCUGCAUCCAAUUGCUAUCUUCAUCAAACCAAAAUCAGUUGAAAAUAUCAUGGAAAUGAAUAAGCGUCUAACAGCAGAUCAAGCAAGGAAAACUUUUGACAGAGCCAUGAAACUUGAACUGGAAUUUACUGAACACUUCACAAGUAUUGUGCAGGGAAAUUUACUGGAGGAGAUUUACACCCAGGUGAUACAGAUUAUUGAAGAACAAUCCGGGCCUUACAUCUGGGUUCCAACCAAGGAGAAACUGUGAAGUCAUGUCAUAAACAUUAUCCAUUGUGCGUGAUGGCUCUGGAUCCCCUUCGACAGGAUUAAUUCAUUCCUGUGAUCACAGAUCUCUCUUUCUUUGUGUGUCAUGAAAAGUGAUUUGUCUUUCAACUGGGGGCAUUCACAUCUCUUUUUUUUUGUGAAAAUUGCUUGUACGUGAUACUCGAUUAAAAUUACCACCAUUGUUUUAUUUACAUGAAGGGGCAAGGCCAGACUAGCUGAUGAAGGGAGAUUCUAUGGUACAGUUCCUUAAUGUUUAAGGGCAACAAAUCUUCAGCAAUUUUCAGAAAAAGCUUUAUAUAUAUUUUUCUUUUAAAAAUAAACAAAGGGAAAGUAAUCUUCAUGUGUAGCAUUGGACUUGGAAAAUAAUAAUUCUAAGCAGCUUUUUGCACGGUGAAUUUUGGAAGCAUGGUUUGGCAGUGGAAAUCCUGGCGGCUUUAUUGUUGUCCCAAUUACCUGCCCAGGCUAUUGGGAGUUCUUUUAAUUCUUCCUUUCUGUGCUGGUUAAGUGAGUCCCAUAUACAUUGAACAAAUUAUAAAUCCACAUCAGACUUUCAUGUGCAAAGGAAUUUUUAAUCACUUUACAGAGAUUCUUCAAUAGACCAUGCUUUUAGUUUUAUUUUUCCUUUUGCCAGAUGAAAUGCACGAUAAAUAAAUGUUUAUAUUGAAUGCCGAUUAGAAUGUGUUCCUAUGAUACUGCGCAUAUUACUUUCAAUUUUGCAGAGAAUCUACUUUUAUGAAUUUGAUUAUUGAGGGUGGGAGGGGAAGCAAAGAGAAACCAGUGAAUAUAGUGACUAUUUUAAUUGAUAACUGACUUGAUUUUCAAUAGGACUUUUUGAAUAAGGAUGUUCUGGGCAAUGCAGUGAUUAUGAAUAAGGAAGUGGAACUGACUGAGGAACAGAGCUGAAACCUAAUCAUGACUAUUUGUAAUGGGCUGUAAGAUUUGAGAUUUUAAGAUAUAUAAUAAUUAACCCUCAGUAACUAUGUAUUUUGAUAUAAAUUAUCAACUAUAUUAAGCAUACUUUUAACAAAAUACAUUAUAUAACUUACCAGGAAUAUAUAUUUUUUUUGCUUUUAACCAUUUCAUCCAUGAAUGUUUUCUUUACUUUCCAAGUAGGUGUGAAUUAGUUUUCCCAUCUUUAUAACCAUUGUGGAUUAUACAGGGAAUGUGAUGGUGGGGGUAUAAAAUGGUAUUUUAAAAAUAAGUGCAAGAAAUAAAUCAAAAGAGCCAGUUCUCUUCUACCCCCACUCCACCCCUGAAAGUUCUGUGUGAGAUUCUUCAAAGUGAUGUGCAUGUUUUCAAAACAUUAAAGGCAACUCUAAAUAAAUUUUUACAUUUCCUGUAUGUUUCCAAGUGGGAAUUGCAAAGAUGUCAUAUCUUCCACUGUAGCUCUCAAUCAGACUUUUACAUGCUUUGUUUUGGGAGAAUUUAUUUUAGCAAUUAUAAGGUAUGUUCUCAAAUGAAGCUCUAACACUACAUUAUUAGAUUAACUGCCUGGUACCUGACCUUUGCUAGUAAUUUGGAGAUGACUUGUUUUAUAUAGGAAUAAUGUGCUUACAAGCAGUUCAGUACACAUGACCUUCUGGUGCUGCAGUUUGUACAGACUCAUCUAUAUCCAUUCCAUUGUCAAAAGAGGGGAACAGCUAAUAAAAUUUAAUGUACAAUUUA